AUUUACCAAAAUUUGGAGAGCCAUUGCAAAAUGUCACGGUACCAGUGGGGCGAGAAGCGGUACUGCAAUGUDUUGUCGAUAAUCUGCAAACCUACAAGAUUGCGUGGCUGCGCGUCGACACACAAACGAUACUGACGAUACAAAAUCACGUUAUAACGAAAAAUAACCGAAUGAGCAUAACUCAUGCUGAGAAGCGUGCAUGGAUAUUGAGAAUACGUGAUGUCAAGGAAGCGGAUAAAGGCUGGUAUAUGUGCCAGAUCAAUACGGAUCCGAUGAAGAGUCAAGUUGGUUACCUGGAUGUUGUGG